CGCCAAGCAAGAAGCGCUCACAUAGUGACGCCAUGCGCUCAACCAUCUUUGGAAAGUCUCGCGGCGCGGUGACGCUAGACAUCGAGCCGCACGCCACCCUGGCUUCCUACCACUCCUUCUGGCAGCGGGCCAACUCCUCGAGCGCGGCCGCGACCGCCUUGUUUGUAGCCCUCGCCGACCGUCUCGCGGCCUCGCCUGCAGCAGAGGGAGAAGGCGGCGCGUCAGCGCGGUCCCACGUCUCCCGCGCCACGCUGAUGGCAACGAUGGCCCAGCUCGUCCUGUACGGAGCACCGAUCGAUCCCAACCACAAGGACUUCGCUCGGGCCGCAAAGACGCUCGGCUCUCUUGGCGAGCCCGCCUCUGCGCUGCUGGGGUUGGUGGGCUGUAAAGAGGCGGCGAGUAGCGUGACAUCGCUCGUCGGUAUGGCCACCGACGACGAGAGCGACGACCACUCCUGCGCGCUGGCCACCCAGUUUCUGCUUCGACCCGGCACGGCGGACCUUCGUAUCGGGACGAUGGUCAAGACCAUCUGCGGGCUCCUCCGGCUGGGGCCCCUGCUGUCUCCGCAGCGUGCGCUGGCGGUGCUCGCUCUGGCGCGCAGCCUCGUCCGCUCUCAGCACCGCCUCUCCGGCGAGAGGCUCUCCGCACUGCGAUCGGCGGCCAAAGCCCUGCUGCUGUGGCCCGAGCCAGCCGGCUCAGCGGCUGCCGAGCUCCUCUCGGCCACCCACGCCGAGGCUGCGCUGCCCGCGGGUGGGGCGUGGCUCGCCGUCGACGCGGACGCGCGGUGGCUGCGGAGGGCGCUUUGCUCCCAGAACGAGGCCGCCCUCCUCCUCGCGCUGGGGCACACCGUGUACUGCGCCUUCGACGAGCGGCCCGCCUCGGACUGGGCACGGGCGGCGCGCGAGCUGCUGCUGCCUCGGGAGGCGACCGAGGAGGAGCACAAGGCGGCGGUGUGCGAGGCACUCCGCUCGAUGCUCCUCGCGCUCGCGCGCGGCGGCGACUCGCGACGGCCCGCCCCCUCCGGCUCUGCCGCCGUUUCCUCCGGCUCCGCGCUCGAGAGCCGCGAGGACGUGCUGCGCCUCGCCGCGACGGCGGUGGACGCGGCCCUGCUCGCUUCCGGCGACGGCUCGCCGAGCGACCCUCUCUGGACGGCGGUCAAGGAGAGGCAGUGCGCAAAGCUGCAGGAGACGGUGCAGCAGCUCGCGGCGGCGGUGGUCGGCGGCAGCGGAGCCGCCACCUCGCCGGAGCCGCACCUUCCCCCUCUGGCGCUGCGGCCGCUGGUGAGCUCCGCCGGCGGGAGCGCAAGAUACACUCGCACGCGCGAGCUGCGCGAGGCGGCGGAGCGGUUGGCGGGGCGGCGGUACCUGUACAGCCCGCUGCUGCCCCCCCUGCACGAGCGGCUCGCUCAGCUCGCCGAGCUCGCUCCGCCCGGCCAGCCGGCGCCGCCUCUCCGCGUGGCGGCGGUGGGCGGGGACGGCGCGCUGCACGCCCUCCUCCAGGCGUACGUCGUGCUGCGCGGCGCCUACCCCGACCUGUGCGCGCUGGUCGAGUGGCGCUUCUACCUCGUCCCCGUCGAGGAGUCGAGCACGCUCGCGCAGUACUUGAGCGCGCGCGACGGCGGGUACCGCAAGCACUACUUUCGCCACGCGGGCCACACUCUCGAGCUCGCCGUCUUCGAGGCUCGCUGCUGGCUCGCGCCGCCCGCGAGGACAGGCUCGCCGCCCUUCGUGACGAUCGCCUUCGCGUGCAGCGUGGAGGUGCUCGGCGGCGCGUCGGCCUCGGCCGAGCCCUCGGAGCAGUCCGUGGCGAACGGCGUCGGCCUGACCCUCGCCCUCUCGCUGAGCGACCCUCGGGGCGAGGUGCACACGCCCGGCCUCCCGAUGGCCGGCCGCUUCUCCGCUCUCAGCUUUGAAAACUUCUCGACCGCGCCGCACGAGCCGGCGACCUCGCCCAGACUCCUCUUCCGCUGCAGCACCGGCGGCCGCGGCAGCCGCCACGCGGACGCACCUCCGCGCUACGUGCGAGCGGCGACAAUCACGGCGGGAGUACGGCCUGGGGCGCGCCUCUGGGCUAGCUACUGGUCCUGCGUCGGUUUUUGCGCCGGCAACGCCCCGCUGGUGCUUGUCCCGGAGACUCGCCUCGAGCGCAGCGACGAGGGGAUUGGCACUCAUCCCGUGCAAGAGCACAGAGCAUGCAACAGCAACCACCUGCUCAAGGAGAGCGCAAGUGAAAGCGCGAUCGGGUCCCUCUCGUCCAUCACGAGGAUGGUAAAGACAACGCUUGCAAGCCCGCGGGGGCCGAACCAGCCAAUGAAUAUCUUCUCGUUAGCCGGGAUUCAGACUCGGAUAUUGGGCGCGCCGCUGCUUCAGCGCAGCGAGGCCACCGGCGUGCGCGCCGAGUCGCGCUCUUCAACUUGUGGCCUCGCCGCUGCCGCCUGCCCACCCGAGACGCGCCAGCGACACUUUGAGUGCCUCGGAGCGCCAGAGCUUGCCGGGCGGGAGGCCACGGAAGCGCCGCUACCGUUUGCUUGCGACGCUUGCAUCGCGCGUGCCGCGAGCGGCGCGCUGCAGGGCUUCGACUUGGUGGGGACGACCAGCGGGCUGGGCGAUCUGCUGCGGAAGGUGAUGGACGCUUUUGGCUGGCGGUCCAACCACUCGCUGCCGCACCUGAUGUCGUCCGACGCACACAGGGCGAACAACCCUCACACUUGCGGGAGCGAUGUGCACCUCGCCCGCCAGUUUCACUCUUGCGAGGCGCUGCGCCGCCAGAGUCGAUUGCGCGAGGCGCUGGUGGCGCGGCUGGACGAAGCCGCGGCGUGCGACAUGAGGCUCUACACACUCGCACUGCGCUUGGGUGGGGAGGAGGGCUAG